CUUGUCCACUGUCCGAAGCCUGACGUGGUGUGCUCCACUACCACCAAAAGUUAACCAGGUGCUAAGCCACUGAGCCACUCAUCAUUCACCUUUAGAGGCGCCUAAUACCAGCAACAAGCAACAAGCUUCCUUCAUUCAACUUCGUAACAAUAGGCAGGCAAUAAUCAAAUCAUCAGACUUACCAAGCCUCCCCUCGUCAUUCCUUGUUCAUUCAACCACUCACAACAGCAAUACCACGCUCUACCCAUUUCUGCAUUCUCGUAGUCGGGUUUUCUAGAAUCUGGUUUCACUAGACUGCUGCGUUCUUUUUUACGUAGUUGAUCGUGCACUACUGUUGAGAGUGACGAUAAUUAUUCCUGGCCGAUAAGACAAACCCCAUCGAGUCUCACCAUCGACUACCCCCUCCGACCGUCUCUCCUCUACCUAGAUUACCCUAUCGGCUACAGUCCUUACAGCGACUCUUGAAAUUAUUCAUCUAGAUUUCCCUACUACCGAACGACCAUGGCUUCUCGAGCAGGGCCUGCAGCUAGAGGCGGUAUGGGUGGCCGCUUUGCGCAGUUCAAGUUAGUGUUAUUAGGAGAGUCUGCGGUUGGAAAGAGUUCUAUAGUCCUGAGAUUCGUCAAGGACCAAUUUGAUUCAUACCGAGAGUCUACCAUCGGCGCGGCCUUCCUAACACAAACUAUCUCCUUAGACGAAAACACUACCGUUAAGUUCGAGAUCUGGGAUACUGCCGGUCAGGAACGAUACAAGUCUCUCGCGCCUAUGUACUACCGAAAUGCAAACUGCGCCGUCGUCGUCUACGAUAUUACUCAAUCUUCUUCCCUCGACAAGGCCAAGGCUUGGGUUAAGGAAUUACAAAGACAAGCGAACGAGAACAUCAUCAUCGCCCUUGCAGGAAACAAGUUGGAUUUGGUGAACGAGCAACCUGACAAGCGAGCGGUCUCAACUGCCGAUGCGGAAGCGUAUGCGAAUGAGGCAGGAUUGUUGUUCUUUGAGACUUCGGCAAAGACGGCAGAGAAUGUGCGAGAACUAUUCACCGCCAUUGCGAAGAAGUUGCCUCUCGACCAGGUUAGCCCUCGACAUACUAGGCCAGGACAACGACCAGGUGGUGUGAGUUUGGCACCGGAAGGCGCGAAUACACAAUCAGGAGGGCCUUGCGCGUGCUAGAAGCGUUUACGGAAUCUACUGAAUCUUGCUGGGGCCUGGUGCAACGAGGAAUUAAGAAUCCCUCGAAUGAUACUGAUCCUUCUGGUACUGGGCUAGUUGCUCAAUCUUGUUCCCUUCUUCUCAUGGCUCAAAUGUGAAGCUGGGGCGCAUAGGCUCAGCCGGAUAUUGGGCGCGUACACGACCGGUGACAUUACGACCUUCGGACCACAACCCCCAAGAGAGACUGGACGUGUUUAGGACGCAUGAGGGCGGGCGGUGUGGAUGCCUGGGUGUAUAUUUCAUGGGAGUUUCCAGGAAGGAUGGCAUAUGUUUUUUAAUACCUGACUUUUGUUUGUUGAUCGAGUUCUCGCAGUAUAGGCUUGGCCGCUAGGUGCAUGACGGUCACGAGGGCUGGUGUAGAGUGGUCUGCAUGCGAGUCGGAAUGAGCUUGGACUGAGACUGAACGUUGCCCUGCUAUACAGCACGACGAGUAAUGCAAUAGAGAAUUAUCUUUUUUUACGAUGAGGGAUGAGUUUAUCAUGAGUAUGAAUAUGAGAAUCGGCGUGUCACUGUUAGUUGUUAUGUGAUACUGCAUGAGUGCUGACAGUUAUGCAUUGUGUGAUACGAAAACUAUAUAGCUAGCCCAUUUCACAAGUCAAAAUGCAUAUGGACAUAUUCAACUAUAUGAACAGAG